UCCACUGAGAUUUUUCAGUUUUUCGCUGGAGUUCAGAAAGUGUGUUUCAUUUUAUCGCCUUUCAAAGAUACCGAGAGACAAUGUCACAGAUCGAGAAGGAAACAAAGUGGUUGAGUUCUGAGAUUUUACCCAAAAUUCUGAGGAGUGGGCGACUCUUAGAGAACUAUAAUGAAUCAAAGGCUAAUACUUUCCAUGUCGGAGAUAUAGAUAUCGAUGUAAUUGGCAUUGAUGAGGCUUAUAUGCAAACGUUCUGUUACCGAACCACCAUCAAUUUUGAGUACGAUGGAAAGAAGUUUCAGAGGAAAAUGGUAGUCAAGAAAACCCAUGCGAUGUCCGUUGAAGAUUAUGAUUCACUCCAGUUCGAGAAUCUGUUCAGUAAUGAGAUCUAUUUCUACACGGAAAUCCUUUCGGAGUUCCAGAAGUUAGACGAUGGAAGCUUUCCAGCAUCAAAAUAUUUCUACAGUGAACUGAAGCCACUUUCGGCGGUGGCUAUUUUCGAGAAUUUCGCGGAACAAGGAUGGCGUCUCACCAAGGACCGGGUGGGUCUGAGUCUGGAACAUGCCACAUUAGCCGCCGCAUCCUUGGGUAAAUUCCAUGGAUAUUCAUACGUUAUAAAGCAUCAAGAUCCGGAAAAGUUUGCCAAGCUAACAAGUGGAUUAAAGGAAUCCCGCUACUCUGCCGACGAAAUUCAUCCCACUUGGGCUCUUGUUGCCCGUAUGGGAAUCCAGCGAGCUGCCACGGCGGUGGCCAAAUACCAGCCCCAGGUCGACAAGGAGUUUGUGCAGAAGUUCCAGCUCCUAUUGUCAGAUUAUUAUCGUUAUGGAAAGCAACUAGUGGUACCCAGGGAACCUCUAGCCACGCUCUGCCAUGGAGAUUACCUGAGAAACAAUGUGGCCUACAAGUACAACGACCAGGAGGAGCCUCAGGAUAUAAUGAUGUUCGACUACCAAACUAUGCGGGUCUCUUCACCCAUGAUAGAUCUCAGCCUUUUUCUAUCUUUGUCCCUUUAUGCCAAUGUGAGGUAUCCCAACUUUGAAGCACUUUUUGACGAGUACUGCUCGGCUUUGCAUAAGACAUAUAGGAACUUGACCAAAGAUGAGGUUCCCGAGUUCUUAAGCCGAUCGGAACUCUUGAAAGAAUAUGUGCGAUUCUUGCCAUACAGCGUCGCUAUUGUUUCGUAUUUCCUUCUGGAUAUGGUUGAGCCAUUGGUCCUUACUGGGGAUGAGAAGACCUAUUCCCGUCCAGAGAAAGAUGUCAUCAAGCGCUGUUUGAACGCCGGCGGUGAAAUAGUGGAUCGAGAAAUAGCCCACCAGAUGAAGGAGAUGCUGGAGCUGAGCCAAAAGUGUGGGGUUUCCAUUGAUGAUGGCAUCAACGUAAAUGAAUAUGCUAAGACUAAAGGUCAAUAGGUUAAGUUCAAAGUUUCAAUGUUUUUUCUUUCCUUUAUUCAAGUUACACUUUUCCCAUAUUAAAAUCUAAUUAAAAACUUUUCAUCAUGCCCUUGA